AUGAGAGACAUGGAGAGUGCCCUGAACGAUUGGUCCGUGACCUCAAGUGGGAGUCCGGAAUUGGCCGAGAAAAUGCUCCAGCUCUAUCGAAAAGAAGGCUUGGAAGGAUUCCUUGAUAUUCCCUACGGAUUUGCUGCGCUGGCCUACAAUGCUGUUGGCAAUUCGAAGCAAGCUGUCAAGUACGCCAAGCUUGCGCAGGAAGUUAUCAUGAUGAAAGAUGGACCUUGGACUCCCAAUAUGCAGAUCUGGAAUAAUUUACUCCAAGAUCCGAGGAACCACUGGAGUUUCAAGCGGAGAUCGAAGUGA